UUCAUCUCAUCAGCUACAUAUAUACUAAUUAAGAAUAUUAUCCAGCCAAUAUCUAUAUAUCAUAUCAGAAACUGAAGAAAUGAUGAUGGAGAUUGAGGAAGUGAGGAGUUUGGAGCAGCCGCUGCCUCUUCUCUCACUCAACCAUGUCUCUAUUCUGGUUAAGGAUGUCUGGGAUUCUGUCAGGUUCUACGAAGAUAUCUUGGGUUUCUGCUCUGUUAAACGCCCUUCUUCUCUCAAUUUCCGUGGAGCUUGGUUGUACAACUAUGGCAUUGGCAUACAUUUGCUGGAAAAUGAAUCCCUGCAAGAUUGUGAUGACACUGUGAACCACCCUCGUCCAAUUAAUCCCAAGGACAACCACAUUUCUUUUCAGUGCACGGAUGUGGUGGUGGUGAGGAAGAGAUUGGAAGAGAUGGGGAUGAGAUACGUGACGGCGGUGGUGGAGGAGGACGGGAUAACGGUGGACCAAGUUUUUUUCCACGACCCGGAUGGGUACAUGAUUGAAAUAUGCAACUGUGAAAACAUCCCAAUGCGCCCUGUCGCUUCCCUCGCCUGCCCUUUCAAGAAUCCCAACUUCAACAAAAUGGAAGCUCAUCGUCCACGCGCCGCCGCCGCCGGUGGGGCUACAACUGGGUUCGAUGCUCGUCCCUGCCGCAGGUUCAUGGAGACAACUCUCAUGAUGGAGAGCUUGAGCAUGGACAUGCUCAACUUCUCAUUUUAAUUUAAUUUCUCAAAUUUAACGUUUGAUUCUAUUCGUCUUAAGAAAGACGGCAAGAUCAAACGUUAAAUCACAUAUUAUGCAUACAUUAGAAACUUAAUGUAUGUGUUAAUGCUGCUUGUUUAAUUAAUUAAGUAUUUAUGAUUUGCCCAGAAGAGUACAAAACGUACUCAAUUUCGCAUUCCAGCUUGUAUUGCAAAAACCAAAGGGGGGUUUGGUAAUGGUAUGUGUGUGAUGGAUUAUUGCAUAUUGAAUUUGUAUAAAGUAAAUUUGAAUUGAAGUAAAUAAUAUCAUGUAUUCAUGUUUGUGU